GCUUGGUGUAGCCUCUGUGUACCAUUGCUCGCCCUUACAUUGAUUGAAAAUAUUUUAUCUUGUUCAAACAACCGAGCCACUGUUUUACCACUGAAACUGUAAUAAUUACAUGAAAUAAUACCGAACGUGUUAGAAUGGACUCCACUGAGGAUAACACAGCUGGCAAUUCGGAGGAGAAAAGUAACGUGCCCCUGUCUGCUGCACAAAGGAGAGCUGAAAUUCGGAGACGAAAAUUGUUGAAGAAUUCCGAAGACAGACUAAAUAGAAUAGUGGGAUACACCAAAAAUGAAGACAAAAGUCAAUCUCCCAAGCGUGUGGUGGAGCCCCGGUUUCACCUGGACUUGGACAGAAACGAUGCCUGGACCCCCCCUCUUGGAACCGCCGCAAGACUGUCUCCCUACCUGUCCGACCCCAGCAGCACCCCGGAGCGCAGGGGCUCCCCACUACCGGACCUCAACGAUGACCUGAGAAGCACGGUGCUCCUGGACGACGACGACAUGGCCGAGUUGGUGAGACAGAGGCCGCGGGGGGAGCUGUCUUCGGACGACCGCGCCCGCUCUCGCUCCCCGCACAAGAAGGGGCUGCAGAAGUACCUGUCUCGCUUCGACGACGCCAUGAAACUCCGCGGUCAGCUGGCCAACGAGAAGGCCGCCCAGGAGAGCAGUGCGGAGCCAGAGGAGCUGGACUCCUUCCGGCUGUUCCGGCUCAUCGGCAGCAUCAUCUUGGCCGUGUUCGUCAGAGUCUUUGUUUGCAAGUACUUGUCCAUCUUUGCACCAUUCCUUACUCUGGAGCUGGCCUACAUGGGAUUGCAUAAGUAUUUUCCAAAGGUGGAGAAGAAGGCCAAGACCACGGUGCUGACGGCCGCCCUGCUGCUCUCGGGCAUCCCGGCGGAGGUCAUCAACCGCUCCAUGGACACCUACCGCCGCAUGGGGGACGUCUUCGCCGACCUCUGCGUCUACUUCUUCACCUUCAUCAUCAGCCACGAGCUACUGCUGCUCUUCGGCCAAGCGCUGCCGGAGGCCGAGGCCACUUAGGCCCGGAGUGCGUGCGUGCGUGCAUGUGUGUGUGCGCGUGGUUGUUUCAGAGUAUGAGACUACUAUGUUUAUGUGCAGGGCGCAACCCAAGUAAUUGCCCUGUCCCACCAUCCUGGGGUGAGGUGAGGAGUGAUUUGGUAUCGGGAGGGGGAAUAGGAUCGCUACUGUUUGAAUGUUUGAAUUGUACUGUUGUAUGAAUGUGUAUGUGGCCUGUUCAGAUGGGUUGGGCCGCUAGAAAAGAUCAAUGCUUUGGCCUCAUUCCCCCCUUUAAGAACCCUUGCGGUUUUCAAACAUCCAGGGCUCUCCUGGCGACUUGGCCCUAGAAAUAUUUCAUGUUUAUUCCCCCACCCCUCUUACAUACAGCCUUGACUCUGUGUCUGUGUGAUGUAUAUAUGUGUGUGUGUGAGAGAGACUGUUUGUAUGAUCAAAAGUUGGUUGAGGUGAGUCUGGCCUGAAGGCGAUGGUCCACUAGUAUUGCAACUGCCCUUGUCUCUCUAGUCUAGUGUCACUGCUUUUGGUUGAGGCUGGCCUUAUUAGCCAUGGUCCACUACUACAGCUACUGCCCUGGCCUCCCUUUCCCAACGCCACCCUGGGCCUAUACCACAAAGCUGGUUCAGGAGUAAACCAGGUUAAGUUAAGAUGUAAAUCAUCUAAUCUAAAAUGAGUACUCCAGGCUCUUCUUCUUAGAUGAUUUACCUCUUAACUUAACCUGGUUUAAUCCUGAACCAGCUUUGUAGUAUAGGCCCCCUGUGUCUUCUGUUGUUACUGAGCAUGGGCCCAUGAACACAAAAAUAUCACCCUCCAAACUGACACUAACCUGUCACAUUUCCGUUAAAAACAUUUACAACACACACACUCUUUCUUUCGGUCUUUCUUUCUUUCUUUCUUUCUUUCGGUCUUUCUUUCUUUCUUUCUUUCUGUCUCCCUGUCAAUCUCUCUAUUGCUAUCCCUAUUUCACACAGGCAUACACACGGUUACAGUUCAUUGUCAUGACAUCUAAGGUAUUUAAAUGUAAAUUAUGCUUUCCCCCACCUCAUGUGCACUCAUGUAUGAAGCUCUAGCCGGAUUUUGCUUACCUGUAUGCUAUAACACUGUGUGGUACUCAAGUCCUUUAUGAAUGUGAAAUGACCAUCUCACGGGUGUUCGGUCCAGUGGAUUGGAUAGUUAGGGUUUUGCGGUCGGUCCUCUGUCCCUUUAUAGAGCUUCAGUGUUCGUGGAUGGCUAUGUUUUAACCUUGGACUGAGCUUUGGUGCGGUAGGGAACAAUUUUAGGCUGUUCCGGUGUCUUCUCUAAUCCUUCCUCAGACAUUCUCAACCAGUCGCAUGCUCUUUCUGUCUCUGUCUCGCUCAGUGUCGAAUUCAUUCAUGACCUACAUUAAAUUAUUGGAUUUUAUGUCAAAGGAUUUUGAACACAUGCUGCAUACUUGAUUUUGUUUGUUUGUGUUAAUUUUAUGUAUUGUGAAAAGUGAUGAUGAAUUGUAUUUAUUGUUCCUAUUUAACAUUGACAUUAAAAUAUGAUUCGUA